CCCGGUCAUGGCGGAGGAGCGGCGGCCGCCCGGGGGCCCCGGAGCCGCGCCGUCCGUGCUGUUCCUGCACCCGGACCUGGGCGUGGGCGGCGCCGAGCGGCUGGUGCUGGAUGCGGCGCUGGCUCUGCAGGCCCGCGGCUGCCGUGUGAGUCUCUGGACGGCGCACUAUGACCCGGGCCACUGCUUCGCCGAGAGCCGCGAGCUGCCGGUGCGCUGCGCCGGGGACUGGCUGCCGCGCAGCCUGGGCUGGGGCGGCCGCGGCGCCGCCCUGUGCGCCUACAUGCGCAUGGUCUUCCUGGCGCUCUACGUGCUUUUCCUCGCCGACGAGGAGUUCGACGUGGUGGUGUGCGACCAGGUGUCUGCCUGCAUCCCGGUGUUCAAGCUGGCCAGGCGGCCCAAGAAGGUGCUGUUCUACUGUCACUUCCCAGACCUGCUGCUCACCAGGAGGGACUCCCUCCUCAAGCGGCUCUACCGAGCCCCGAUCAACUGGCUGGAGGAGUACACCACGGGCCUGGCCGACCGCAUCCUGGUCAACAGCCGCUUCACGGCUUCCGUCUUCAAGGACACCUUCAAGUCCCUGUCCCACAUAGACCCCGAUGUCCUCUACCCGUCUCUGAAUGUCGCCGCCUUCGACUCAGUCAUCCCCGACAAACUGGACGACCUGGUCCCCGCGGGGAAAAAGUUCCUGUUCCUCUCCAUCAACAGAUAUGAGAGGAAGAAGAAUCUGGCCCUGGCGCUGGAAGCCCUGGUCCAGCUGCGCAGCAGGCUGCCCUCGCAGGACUGGGAGAGGGUGCACCUGAUUGUGGCAGGUGGCUAUGACGAGCGAGUCCUGGAGAAUGUGGAGCACUACCAGGAACUGCAGCGCCUGGUCCAGCAGGCAGACCUUGGCCAGUCCGUGACCUUCCUGCGCUCUUUCUCAGACAGACAGAAGAUCUCCCUACUGCACGGCUGCACGUGCGUGCUCUACACGCCAAGCCACGAGCACUUCGGCAUCGUCCCCCUGGAGGCCAUGUACAUGCGGUGCCCGGUGGUGGCCGUCAACUCGGGCGGCCCCUUAGAAUCAGUGGUUCACAGCGUCACGGGCUUUCUGUGCGAGCCUGACCCCGUGCACUUCUCAGAGGCCAUUGAGAAGUUCAUCCAUGAACCUUCUUUAAAAGCCACGAUGGGCCAAGCUGGCAGGGCCAGGGUGAAGGAGAAGUUCUCCCCCGAGGCUUUCACUGAGCAGCUGUACCAGUAUGUCACCAAACUGCUGGUAUAGCCGGGCGUCUGAAGUUAACAGGGGUCGCAGAUCUAGCUUGGGACCCCAAAACAAAUGAACCUGCAGUCCAGUGCAGACAUUUUUAUUUUAGAGCUAAACUUGAAUCUUGGAAGCCAGCCACGUUUCUGCAGACCACACAUCUCUGCUUUUUGAAAAAAUGGUUAUCUUUUGUUAUAAUCAUUCUGAAUCUUACCCGUGUUAAAAUAUGAUACAAUUCCACUUUCAGUAGAAUGUUUAAUUUUCUCUGCAUUGUAGCUGCCUAUGCAUUUUGAAUCUUGUGCCUUAGUUUGCUUUGGUAAUUUAAAUGGGUUGUUAUCAAAGUGGAUUUGUUUAACUUCAUGGCAUAAUGAGGGCAGGGUUCCCUACAUAAGCACGCUGUCAUCCGUUGGUUUUUUUGGUUAGUCCUGCCUUCACCAGGAUGCGUGGCAAGAGUGCCCUGUUGCUGUUUUUUAUAAACUUGAUUUACUGUGUUUUUACACAUUGGGACAUGAAAAUAGAAGAGUCUGUUAUGGGUAUUAACAAUAAAACAGAGAAGUUUUGGCCUCUGU